AUGCGAAAUAGAAUCUCGACCCAGCAGCCAAAUCGGGGAGAUAAAGAGGACAUGGAAGAAGCAGGAACGGUGGAAAUAAGAGUGGAGAGAGAGGGCAUGGAGCAAACAGAUACAGAAUACUCCGUACACCGAGCCUUAAAAUUUGAUGCGCAGAUGGGAUAUGUAAAAGACGUGGCCAACAAGAUAGGAAUUGGUCAAGAGUGGAGAGAAGCUAAAGUCCAAGAUACGGACUCUGUUCAAAAGGUUAUGAUGAAGACAGGAUUCAAAAUGGAUGAGGCACUCGAGCUUGAAUCGGUCAAACCUCAUCGGGCUAACACCCUACAGGUUCGAUGA